GAUCAAGAACUCACUCCGCGGGAGUUGAGCAACGCUAACAGAGACACAGGAAGCGAGGACUAUCGGGAAUGGGGCGCCUGCAUCACCGAAGAGAAGUGGGAGCAAGUACUCACGGAGAACGGCUUUCACGGUAUCGACGUCACGCUCCCGGACUACGAGACUGAGAGUUGUCAAGAGCAUAGCAUUAUAGUUGCCACCGCUGCUGAGACCCGAGUCGACUUGCCCGACCAGAGACGCAUCACUAUCAUCAUUGACGCCAAAUCACCGUUGCAAGCUGACCUAGCGGAUGUCAUUCGUGGCCAGCUGAAGCAGUCGGGUAAAAUCGACUGCCAGGUCUCCUCGAUCGAUGAUCUUGCGGCGCUGAACCUGGACGAAAUAUCCUUGGUGGUUAUGCUGCCAGAGAUUGAGACGCCACUGUUGGCCGAUCUAGACGAGGCCAAGUUCCAGGCUUUGCAGGAUUUCCUCUGCAGGUGCCCGGACCUUCUUUGGGUAACAGCAGCAAGGAAGAACAGCAUCACUUCUGCUCAGCGGCACAGUGUGCAAGGCCUGGCUCGUGUUCUCAGCACAGAGAAGCCAAACUCAUCGUUCAUUACAUUGUCCUUGGAAGACCACAAAGACGAGCCGACUGUGUGGGCGGCGCACGUCCAGAACGUUAUCUCGUCUCGAAUCUCGGACCCAUGGGAGCUCGAGUUCCAGGAACAAGACGGGAUCUUGCAUGUCAAUCGAGUCGCCGAGGCCAACGAGUUCAACGACAGCAUCUUCGACAAGACCGUGGCGACGGCCAAGACGCGGCCGCUCAAACAAAACGUGCCCUUGAAGAUGAAGGUCGCGAACCCGGGCUUCCUGGACUCGACACUCUUCGUCGAAGACGACGACUACUGCCAGUUCGAUCUUCCGCCGAAUGAGAUCGAGAUCGAAGUUAAGGCCUCGGGGAUUAACUUCCGAGACUUGCUCGUCAUGCUGGGAAAGUACAGGGACGCCGACACGGUCGGAUGCGAAUGCGCCGGAAUCGUCACCCGCGUGGGCUCCAAUUGCACGACUUUGAAGCCGGGUGAUCGUGUGUGCGCCGUCGUGAUGGACUGCAUCCGCACGUUCGCUCGCUGCGACUAUCGUCAAGCGGCGAAAUUGCCCGAGAACCUGACAUUUGGCACAGCCGCGGCAAUUCCUGUCACCGGGGUCACGGCUUACCAUUCGCUGGUGAAGAUCGCACAUCUCCAGAAGGGUGAAUCGAUCCUCAUCCACUCCGGUGCGGGCGGCACCGGGCAGAUGGCGAUACAGAUCGCGCAGAGCAUCGGCGCCGAGGUCUUCGUCACAGUGGGCUCGGACGAGAAGAAAGAGCUGCUAAAACAGCGGUACCAGCUCCCCGAGGAUCACAUCCUGUACAGUAGAGAUCUGUCCUUUGCGCAAAAUCUCUUGCGGCUGACGCACGGCCGUGGCGUCGACGUGGUUCUCAACUCCCUGUCUGGAGACGGCCUGAUUGCCUCGUGGGAAUGUAUCGCACCUUUCGGCCGGUUCGUAGAACUUGGAAAGGCCGACGUCGAGAGCAAUUCUAAGCUGCCGAUGGUUCAGUUCGCGAAGAACGUGACGUUUUCCGUGGUUGCACUGGACUAUAUGUGUAUGGAAAACCCCGCCAUGGUCAACGCAUCGCUGCAAGAGGUCAUGAAGAUGGUGGAUGCCGGCACCCUGCAGCCUGCUUGGCCAUUGCAAGAGUUCCCCAUCUCCAAAAUCGAGGAUGCCUUCCGACUGAUGGCGGGCGGGAAAGGUGCCGGGAAGCUGGUCAUCAAUCUGGAUCCUGAUGAUCUCGUGCCGGUAAGCCAAUCUGCAGGAUUUACAUUCCAGUCUACUAACGUAUAUCAAAGACUCUCAUGA